UAAAAAAGUGAUAUACCAUAUUCUGAAAUGAGUAAUAUCCAUAAAUCAAUAAAACUGUGUUAAAUCAAAUAUAUGCUUCUCUCUCUCUAACCCACUCUCUUCUUUAUUUCUCUGAGCUAAAGAAACGCUUAGCCAGAUAAAAAUGGCUAACGUGUAAGGAAGGCUUACUACAUGUCAUAUACUAUUCUAGCUACUUCGAACGGGCUAUGUGAUUUAAUCCUUAGCGCAUCCCUGUGUGGGGGGUAUUGUAAUCAGUCGACAGAUGAAUAGGAUGAGGUUCAGAGACCUUGUGUGAGGUGACACAACCAUGAGGGACUAUACCUGGGAUUUGAACACAUGCAGUUCCACUCUGGACCCUGUACUCUUAACCACCUGCUCCCUUCCUGCCAGGGGAACAAGUUCUGUCCUGAACUAUUUGACCCUUUUCUUUGAUCACCCUGGUUCUUUAGAGUAGGGCUCAUGCAGUUUUAAUUGGAAUCCUGAUAGAACAGGGAUUGUGUUGCUUGGCUGAUAUAACUGUUGCGGAGAUCUCUUAGGCUUCUGAUGUGCCAUUACUCAGCAGUCAGACUCUCGGCACAGAGCACUCAUCCUGGUGUUACUCUACACAUGUGUUGCUAUGGAAUUGGGCAACAGGGAUGUCUGCUAAAACCCCUCUUUCCUUGACCUUUCCUGAGCUGCAUCAGCAAAUAACUCCUGCAACCUGCCCGUCCUGAGGUCUGGUUGGAGAGGGGCUGGUAGAUCAUAAAGGGCUGGUCCCUUCUGCAUGUCAUGUCUUGGCUCUCUGGCCCCUGGCUCAGACUCCCUCAGACGCUGUAAUCAUUAACUCUCGCAGGAAGCCCACGAGCUUGAUAGGUAUCGGAGCAUCUGCUUCUGCCCAGUUAGAUACAGUGACUGUUGAAGUCCUGAGAUGGAGGGAAGUCAGCAAAGAGAUGGCGGUGGGGGGGUGGCCGGGCAGGAGCCGGGUGGUGGGGGGCUGCGGCUGAGGAGGGACAUGGGCCUGUGGAGCGCCGUGUCCCUGAUUGCUGGCUGUAUGAUCGGCUCUGGCAUCUUCAUGUCUCCACAGGGGGUCUUGGUCUACAUGGGCAGCCCCGGAGCCAGUCUUGUGGUCUGGGCACUCUGUGGCCUUCUGGCCACCCUGGCUGCCCUGUGCUAUGCUGAACUGGGGACCCUGGUUCCCGAAUCUGGAGGGGAAUAUGCCUACAUCCUACGAACCUUUGGGUCUUUACCAGCCUUCCUGGUCAUCUACACAUUUGUGCUGGUGGGCAGACCAGCUGCCAUCGCUGCCAUCUCUCUGAGCUUUGCCGAGUAUGUCACGGUCCCCCUUUACCCGGGCUGCUCCUCACUGCCCCAGGCUGUGCUCAAGGGUGUGGCUGCCACCUGCAUCCUGCUGCUGAUGCUGGUCAACUGCUGGAGCUCGAGGAUGGCUACCACGCUGAUGAACGUGUGCACAAUCACCAAGGUGCUCUCCUUGCUGGUCAUCAUGGGUGGCGGCGCCGUGGUGCUGGGCCAGGGCCGUGGCCGUGUGCAAGCCCUUCUGUUCACCUUCCACAACAUGUCGCAGCAGGCCGGGCACAUCGGCAUGGCCUUCUACCAGGGCCUGUGGUCCUUUGAUGGCUGGAACAGCCUCAACUGUGUGAUGGAGGAACUCAAAAAUCCAAAUCAGAACUUGGUGUGGGCGCUGAUGAUUGCCAUCCCCCUUGUUACUGGCUUGUACAUCCUGGUCAACAUCAGUUACCUGCUAGUGUUGUCACCCCGCGAGAUCCUUUCCUCUGAUGCUAUGGCCGUGAGCUGGGGGAACCAGGUUCUGGGGGCCUGGGCCUGGCUGGUGCCCUUGGCUGUCGCACUCUCCACAUUCGGCUCUGCCAACUGGACAUUCUUCAGCGGAAGCCGUGUGUGCUAUGUGGCUGCAAGAGAGGGCCACAUGCCCCGACUUCUGUCCAUGGUUCAUGUGCACCGCCUCACGCCAGCGCCAGCCCUGCUGUUCACCACCAUGGUGGCUUUGGUCCUGGUCAUCCUGGGAAGCUUCAACCCCAUCGUGAACUUCUUGAGCUUCCUUUCCUGGCUCACCUACGGAACCACCAUUAGCUGUCUCCUGUACUUGCGGAUGAAGAAGAAGAGUCUUCCCCGACCUUACAAGGUCCCCACCAUCAUCCCAGCCAUCAUGCUCCCUGCCUCCCUCUACCUAGUGCUAGCACCCAUCAUUGACCAACCUCAGAUAGAUUUCCUGUACGUCCUCCUGUUCCUGCUCAGUGGCUUCCUGGUCUAUUUCCUGUUUGUCUACUUCCGGUGCCAACCCAAGUGUUUGCAAGUGGCUACCCUGCAUCUCCAGCUGCUCCUGGAAGUUGUUCCAACCACUAAAAAUGCUGACUGAAGGACCGAACAGGUCCACACUGCCCUCUUUGCUGUAGACACCUCUGUCCCCACACAAGUGGCCUUGCCAACUUCUCUGGAUUGACUAUGCAUAAUUAUACUAAGUUUCUAAAGUGCUAUGACAUAGCUAUUGCCAAGUUUGGAGUUAUCUGCCCAGGACAGCAUCUUCUCUAGGAACUUCCUUCAACAGAGGUGGAUCCCAUAGCCACACUUGUAUUACAUGACUGCCUCCCUGGGUCACAUCUAUGUCAUAUUCCAGGUGGGCAGCUUAACAUAUGUUUCCUUCUUUUGGGAUUUUGGGAUUAGAAUUCUGAUGGUUGCUUGAGCUGAAGAAUUGUAAAUCUUGGGAUCUCUGUGGGCCAUCUUCCAUCGUGUGAGCAGAGAAGUAGAGAAAGCCACCAUGGAGAGAAGAAUGAAGAAGAUACACAGUGAGGUGGUGCUGAGAAAUUGUGUGGUCAUCAAGAGUUGAGGGGGGGGGAAGCCUGAGAGGGCAGUAGCCUUAAUCCUUGGCUAUUUUUCAGUUCUGGACUUUUAUUUCUGUGGUCUAACUGCCAUCUGACUGUCCUUCCAGCUUUGUGAUUGUCUGGGGCAACCUGAUACCUUAUAAUAAAUUUCCAAUUUGGGCUCAAGUGGGUUUGAACACGUCCUUAUUUCUUGCAAUUAGAAAAGCUUUGGUCUGACAAAACUUGUUUGGGAAGACAUGAUCCUUUAGUUAAUGUUUAAAGCUGCCAACUUGCUUGAACAGGGAAAGAAACAAGAGACAUAUCCCUGGGAAGGAGGGGUUUUAUGGGCUUUGGGUAAAAGGGAGGACAGUCAAACUUCUCAAAGAGAGAAGAAAAGUUAGAGCAGAUCCCAGAAGGCUAAUGCGGUUACAGAACUAAAGAGCAUCAAGGGGGCAGAGAUAUCUGGCUGCCCAGGUAGGAAAGAGCGACAGGAAGAAAGGACUGUUGCACCUCAGUACACAGGGAGAGGUGACUCCAAGAGGAGCAGCAGAGAGCACUGCAUCUCUACUCCUGAAACUGGACCUAGGCUGCCCGCCCAGGGCUUUGCUCUCUCAGCUUUCCGAUAUGGAAACAGCUGCGAUAAAUACAGAGCACUUCCCAUGGGCUUCCUUCUUUUGCUCUAUCAUCUCUGAAUAUAUGCCCUUAGGAAACAUCUUUUUUAUAGAAUAAAGUUUAUAUUUGUAUACUUAUGCUUUUAAUUUUUUUUUAAAUUGAAGUACAGUCAGCUUACAAUGUUGUGUUAAUUUCUGGUAUACAGCAUAAUGUUUCAAUCA